CGGCGGGGUCGGGGCUCAGCUACGGGGUCUGUGCCCUCCUGCAGCCCAGCAGAGCAGCCACCAUGGUGCACUGGUCAGCAGAGGAGAAGCAGCUCAUCAGCAGCGUCUGGGGCAAGGUCAACGUGGAGGAAUGUGGGGCCGAGGCCCUGGCCAGGCUGCUGAUCGUCUACCCCUGGACCCAGAGGUUCUUUGACAACUUCGGGAACCUCUCCAGCCCCACGGCCAUCAUCGGCAACCCCAAGGUCCGUGCCCACGGCAAGAAGGUGCUCACCUCCUUCGGGGAGGCCAUCAAGAACCUGGAGAACCUCAAGGCCACCUACUCCAAGCUGUCAGAGCUGCACUGUGACAAACUGCACGUGGACCCCGAGAACUUCAGGCUCCUGGGUGACAUCCUCAUCAUCGUCCUGGCCUCCAACUUCGGGAAGGACUUCACCCCUGCCUGCCAGGCUGCCUGGCAGAAGAUGGUCCGUGUGGUGGCCCACGCCCUGGCCCACGAGUACCACUGAGCCCCCUGCCAGCAUUCCU